AUGGAAUCGGUGGAGGGACAGGUGUCUGACAAAGUGGGACAGGCACUUGAUCUCAUACGAACGGUAGAUGCCAGGCAAAAAGAGAUGACCAAGCAGAUCGAGGGUGUUCAAACAGCAGUGGAGCGCCAGGCUAAUCGCAACCAGGAGCAGGACCAGGCGAUUGCUGACGUGGUCCGCCGCUUAGAAGCACUGGAGGAGCAAGGUCAGAGCGGAACUUGGCGUCGACAAGGACGAGAAGAAGGAGAUGAUCGUGGACCCGCAGUUAUCAUAGGGGGCUGGCGGCCGGACAGCGAAGCAGAUGACCUGCUGCAAAAAGCCAGAGACUUCGUCAAGGCGCACGAGCUGCCGCUGACCAUGAACGACGCCUUCGUCCCAGGUAAGCAGAACAGCUUCGUUGUGGUGCCGCUGACGUGCCAGCAGGGGGAGACUCCCCAGACUAUGACGCGCAGGGCAAUCACUGCGGUUGAGCUGGUGAGGAGAUUGCAGUACAAGACAGGACACAAGGACGACCGGGACAAGGACCACGUGGUCUGGAUGGCGCUGUCGCAACCUCCAGAAGUCAGGAGAAGGGCCCGGACAACGGCAAAGACAAAAAGAGCCAUUUUGGAGGGCGCUGAGAAAAAUGGUGGUCAGCUGCCGCCUGCAGCAGUCAGGGCGGACUACCGCCGAGGAGCGGUGUUCAUCGAAGGCUACAAGGUUGCUGGCAGCGGACCGCGCCCAACCUCGGGAGAAGUCCUUAUCUCCGACUAUGGGUGGGUGAACGCCGAAGCUGUGUGCCAGAAGACCAAAGAGACGACGCAGUCUUUUGCAGACCGCUGGCGCAAGCUGGUGGAGGCAGACAGCCCUGACCCCCCAACUGCCAUCGGUACGCGCCAGCCUCCCGACCGAGCAGCAGCGGUUCUGGAAAAAGAUGGAAGUCCCAUGCACGGUGCAACAGCUCGUGAGGGAAUGCAGGGAUUUCAGACAGACCACCGUGUGACCGCAGUUGAGGGAGCGGAGAGCGGCUACAUUGACAAGGCACAAGAAGAACAGAGUGGGGCCGAGGGAGGAGACCGCGACACGCCCCGUUUCGACAUCCGCAGCACAGACACCACAAACACAGCAGAAGCAGGCGCACAGGUAAAGACAGAGCUGACAGCCAAGAUAAGGCCCAGGACAGUAGCCCCGCUGGGCCCACGGGACGGAGAGACCAACGGCAGCAGGGGCCUUGGGCGCAAGGUAGCCAGGGACCGCAGGCGUUUUCUGACCUGGAACCUGGAAAAAAUGCAAAUGGACAGGCUACCUGACAUUCUCGGGAUGAUGGGGUUGGGAGACACUGUGCUGGUGGCCUUCCAGGAAGUUAACAUGGAGGCGGGGAUCCACUACCUUAAAGCGGGAGCGGUGGCAGAUCAAUGGAUAAUUGUGGCGGGCAAACAACCGGGCGACGGCGGGCAGCAGCUCGACGCAUGGGCGGCCAUGCAUGUUACCCGUGAACGAGCUUUCGACAUGCUGGGGGACUUCAAUGAGACGCUGACCAGGGACAGGGAAGGAGAUGAGCUAACGCACCGCACGGCGAGAGGAGCGCUUCUCACACAGUGGUUCCAUGACCUGGGUUUGGGCGCCCCGCCGCAGCAGUCGGCCAGCGCCGGCGAUAGCCGAGGCACUAGGACCAGCUACAGAACAUACAGGGAAAGCCCACAGGUGAAGCACCUCAGAAGACGAGCCAAACAAACCAGGGACGGCCAGCAGGCGAGGGUGCCGUGGAAGCAGAUGUGGCGCCUUAGAGCACAGGAGAAGGAGCAGUGGCAACGGAACCUGCUCAGCGCAGUCCUGAGAGAGGACUGGCAAGCUCUAAGGGUGGUGAAAGGCGAGAAGCAAGGGCAAGCGUGGGAAGCGGAACUCACCACCACGGAAGGAUGGGAGAAGGACAUGCGUGCGCACUUCUCAGGUAUCUUUGCCAAGAUGCCAGGGGAACAGGUCAAGCAAGGAGUAGGCAGGAUCUGGGACCAACUGCAGCGUCUAUGCAAGCAGACGAGAUGGCGCCCCUUCAGCUUGGAAGAACUGCUGCUUAGCUCGCAGACUUGGGCACGGGGGAAAAGCACGGGACCCGACGGCAUCAGCUAUGAAGCCCUGCGCCUCCUCACCCAGCACCACCACUGGGAGGCCACCCUGCUAGAGGAAUUCAACGACGCACUCUAUAAAGGGCGAGCCGCCCCCAACACCAAGAAGUCCAUCACCAUACUCCUCCCCAAAGCCACUGGGGCCCCGGAGCUGAUCUUGCUGCUGCGGCGGACCAUCCGCAUCUGCCGUGAAUGGGACAUACCCAUACAUGUUGCUAAAGUAGACGUAUCGAAAGCGUGCGAUUCAGUCUCCCAGCUCAGCCUCGCACAGACCAUCUUUGACAAGCUUGGGGACGCAGGCUGGGCGUGGGAAGCGCCCAUGCAAAGCAACAAGCAACAGAGCAGACCAGAGAACCUGUGGGCCUUGCGCAAACCCUUCUUGCAGCUGUUGCUGGACAGCCUUGCAGCCAGACUGGCGUGCCGCAACCUGGAGAUCCACCCCACCAAGACACGCUACGUCCACACAUCCAAACACGAACAGACGCUCAAGGUGGUCGGCAAAGACAUCAAGGGAGAAGCAGGGGGUAUGAUCACUGUGUUGAGAGCACCGGUUGCGUUGGGAAGUGACGUAGUAGCGUGCUUGGGCGAGAUCGCCCGGAGGGCCAAGGCUGCAUACGGGGUGCACAAAGCCAUGCUGCAGGGACCUGGUUCGCGCAAACAGAAGCUGGUGGUUUAUGGCAGAUUCGUAACGCCUGCCGCCCUUUGGGCGGUGGGCGCGGCUCACUCCCACGAUGCGCUGCUGAAAGGGGCUAACACGUGUAAGAAAGAGGAGCGUCGGCCAAUCGCUGAGCCCCUCUUCCCUGCGCAUGGCCAUGGCUAUGGCGCUGGGACAUGGAUGGUCCUUGCCACGACCCUCGUGAUGAGUGUGGCGAGCGCGGAGACCGCAAUGCAUGAGCCGCAGCAAGAUCAGACCCGUGUACCGGCGACCACGACCCCAUGGGGCAAGGUGCACAAGCGCAACGUCAACGAGAUCGGAGACAAAUUGGAGGCCAACAUCGCAGCUGGAUCCUGGAUAAGGCAUGCCACGACCCGCCUGCGCAAGGCAAGGGACAAGACGGAUCGUCGGGGAGCACGCCGCGACCCACCUGGGCAUGGCAGCAGAUGGAGACCUUACCAGGCAGACGGACCGCGGACAAGGCCAGCCACGACCCACCUGGGCACGGCAAUGGACAGCGACGAUGAGGACACCACCGACGUGGUCGCCAUGAUGCGCACAGCACCCUGGCGCAAUACUCAACCGGGCAGAUCGCAGGCACGGCAGGGCAGACCCCCGCCUUUGAACACCCCGGGAGUGGUGCUCACGGAAUCCUCCAGGUCACUUGGAACUCUGGAAGGGGAACAUGCAGCAGCCGACCACGCGCCGGGGCAUGAAGAACUGCAGCCGGAGGACACGGAAAUGCAAGCCAACAGAGCUCAACUACGGCUGGAGCAAAGAGCCAGGACAGUUGCAGCCCAACUUAGCCAUCGAGAAGUCGCCUACGCGGUCAUAGGGCUGCAGCUGGCCCUCAUGCAAGCGGCGGAAGGCACCUGUGCAGAGAAAGGCCGGCCACGCGAGGAGAGCGAGGAGGAGAUAGCAGUCGAAGAGCCCGAGGAGGCCGAGGAGCACGACGUCAACGCGCUCAUGCAGAGGCCGGAAAGGCCGGCCGCCACUACCAACGCUUUCUGGAAGCCGGUCGGAGACGAAGACAAGCAGCGCCUACAAGAAUGCCUACUAGACCUUCUCCCAGAGCAGACGAACCCGGAGCCCUCGUUCACGCUGCUUGCCAUGAUAGGUGCCACGCCACGUAGUUGUGAGAACGCGACCGAGGAGGCGGGCACAACACAGGUCGCCAUGGGGGAACUGAGAGCCCCGCUGAUACGGUGGCUUCGCACCACACCACAAAGCUGCUUGACACGAGCGAUCAAGACCGUGCUGAGGAUCCCGGAGUUGCCGCACCCCAAUCUGCAGGCGAUGCAAGAGGGGGCCCGGCGGCUUCAACAAGCGUUGGGCGAGCAAACCACCGCAGGACCGGUAGAGGCCCUCCAAGGGCACUGGCGAGACACGUCAGACGUUGGCAUAGUCGAGGAGCUCCUUCAGCUGCUGGCCGGGGCAAAUGGAGUGCCCGAGGACUACAUGGCCAAAGCAGCAAGCCUUAUCAGUGCACUGUAUGCCCAGGCGGAUGGGGGACAAGCACCAGGAGGAGACGAGGGCGCCGCCAUGCAGCCGCCGAGCCGAGCGGGGGGGAGAACAGUGCAAGCAGGCCCGGACCCGGGCGGGCAAAUCCGCAGCCCAGUCAGCUGGGAAGCCCAGUAUGAGGACAUGAGACAUGAUGAGCACAUGGCUUUGAAGGCAGCUGUGGAGGAUGAAGAAUACGAACAAGCCAUGGUCGCGGAAGCAGAGUGGGAGGCGCAGUUUGACAACACUGGGCCGCGGGGCUGGCGAAAUGACAGCACGCAGAACUGA